CUCGAGGAGUGCUGACCAACGCCUAGCUGCAGCGGCCGAGCUUGUAUCUUCGCUAGCGUGUGUUGUUGUCAUAUUUCGCACUAAGUCAUCGCAGACAAGCACCUGACGGGACAGUUUUCUCCUGUAGAGAGAUCAAGCUGCUGAAACAAUUCAAUGGGUGAGGUAAAACAGGUCCUGAACACCUGGUGUAGCCAGCGGAAAGUCUGCCCAGAGUACGAGUUUGCGACUUCAGGACCAAAACACCGACCCAGAUUCAAGUGUGAGGUUCGUGUGGAAGGAUUUAACUAUGUCGGUGUUGGAAACUCCACCACCAGAAGGAUGCCCAGACAAAACUGCGCCCGAGACUUCAUACAGUUCCUCGUCAGACAAGGCUUGAUGAAGGCAGCCGAUGUUCCAGCUGUCAGUCUGCCAGCAGAUGCCACCUCUGGCAUGGCUGGAGAGGAAGGCAUGCCCCUAGAUGCCAAGGGUGGAGCUCUAACCUCAGGCACCCUACCCCCUCACCUAUUGGCCUCUGGUGGGGUGGGUGUUGGAGAGGGGACAUCCCUGUUUGCUCGAGAACAGCCUGUGCCAUACCAGAGAGGUCCACCCCAGGAGUAUCUGGACAGACUGAAGGAUGAACGCAAAGUGGAAGAGGCAGAAGACGUAGACUUCAGUGCUAACAUCCAUGGAGGUUGGACGCUAGAAAAUGCCAAGAGUCGCCUGCAUCAGUUUCUUCAGAUGAACAAGAUCCACACGGACUACAGAUACAGCCGAGUGGGGCCGGAUCACAACAGGAGUUUUAUUGCAGAGAUGGAUGUCCACAUCAGGAAACUCCAGAAAACAAUUAAAGGUCGUGAACAUGGGUCUAACAAACAGAUGGCAUCAAAAUCCUGUGCCCUUUCUCUGGUGCGACAGCUUUACCAUCUGAAACUUGUGGAGGCUUACACGGGCGAGACGAAGAAAAAGGUUGCAGAUAAAGUUCCACCAUAUGAGGUAGGGGUUAGCCCUGACCUGGUGAAGCAGGUGGACUCUGUACUGGAACUGUGGAAUAUCAAGCCUGUCAGUAAGCCGUCUUGCAAACAGGAAGAACCGAUCUCUCUGCUAACAGACUUUUCCCUGGAGGAAUUUGAGCCUAAGCGCCCUCAGCCCUCGGGUGUUGUCUCCUGGUCUCCCCCUGCACCCAACUGGAACCCCUGGGCCAACUGUAAUAUUGACGAGGGGCCCCUGGCUGUGGCCACGAUGGAGCAGAUAAGCCUGGACUUGAAUAACAGCCUCCAAAAUCAGAUAGACAAUGAUCCAGAACUUCAGAAGAUGAUGAAUGAACGGGCCAAACUGCCCGUCUUUAACACAAGGGAGACAAUCCUGAAGAUGAUUCAGGAGAACGCUGUCAUCAUAAUACGUGGGGAGACAGGCUGUGGGAAGACUACACAGGUGCCACAGUACAUUCUGAAUGACAUGAUAUUGAGUGGACAAGGAGCCAGCUGCAACAUUGUUGUGACUCAGCCAAGGAGGAUAAGUGCCAUUUCAAUUGGAGAACGAGUAGCCAAUGAAAGAGCAGAAGAGUUGGGUAUGAGCACUGGUUACAGCGUGCGGUUUGAGUCCAUCUUCCCCAGACCUUAUGGGGCAAUCCUCUACUGUACCGUAGGAACACUGUUACGACGACUAGAAAGUGGCUUGCGCGGCAUUUCCCACGUCGUCGUUGAUGAAAUCCAUGAGCGAGAUCUCAAUACUGACUUUAUGAUGGUCCUGCUUAAGGACAUGGUACAGACCUACCCUGAGCUGCGUGUGGUUCUCAUGUCAGCUACUGUGGAUACAUCCCUCUUCUCAGAGUACUUUGGGAAUGCCCCAAUCGUUGAGGUGCAUGGCAGAGUUCACCCUGUGCAAGAGUACUACCUAGAGGAUUGUAUAGAGAUGCUGAACUUCAUCCCCCCUCCCCCAGAUCGGAAACGCAAGAGGGAUCGGGAUGAAGAUGCCUUAGGGGGAGAGGAAGAGGAGAAAAAUUGCAACAAAGACAUUGGAUCAGACUACAGUGAUGCGACCAGGCAUGCCAUGAGCAUGCUGAGCGAGAAAGAGAUGUCAUUUGAACUCAUUCAGUCGAUGUUGAACUACAUCAAGACACUGAACAUCCCAGGAGCUGUGUUGAUUUUUCUGCCUGGCUGGAAUCUCAUCUUCGCUCUUCACAAGUUCCUGGAGGCCAACCCAACCUUUGGUGGGCCUAACUACCGACUUCUCCCACUACACUCCCAGAUUCCUCGUGAAGAUCAGCGGAAAGUGUUUGAACGGUGCCGUCCUGGUGUGACCAAGAUCAUCCUGGCAACAAACAUUGCUGAGACGAGUGUCACCAUUGAUGAUGUUGUCUUCGUGAUAGAUUCCUGCAAAGCUAAGAUGAAACUAUUCACCUCUCAUAACAACAUGACGAACUAUGCGACUGUGUGGGCGUCCAAGACGAACCUGGAGCAGCGAAGGGGUCGGGCUGGUCGUGUGAGGCCGGGAUUCGCCUUCCAUCUCUGCAGCCGCAGUCGCUUUGAGGCUCUAGACCAGCACACUACGCCAGAGAUCUUCCGAGUGACUCUCCACGAACUGGCUCUGUCCAUCAAGUUGCUACGUCUGGGUUCUGUGGGGACAUUCCUAGCCAAAGCUGUCGAGCCUCCUCCCAUUGAUGCCGUCAUGGAAGCCGUCGCACUCCUCAAGGACAUGAGAGCCUUGGAUGACAAUGAAGAGUUAACUCCCCUGGGACGAAUUCUUGCGAAAAUGCCAAUUGAACCCCGACUAGGAAAGAUGAUCAUAUACGGCUGUCUGUUUCGUGUGGGUGACGCCAUGUGUACCAUCGCAGCCAGCACCACCUUCCCCGAGCCUUUCAUCACUCCGGCGGACAGACGCCGGCUCUCCUGGGUGCACAAGAACCUGGCAGGGACGCGUCAUAGUGACCACGUGGCACUGCUCAAUGCCUUUCAGCUGUGGGAGGAAGCCAGAGCCAACGGAGAAGAUGCUGAGAUGAGUUUCUGUGACCACAAGUCUCUGUCCCUACCCACACUGAGGAUGACCUGUGAGGCUAAGUACCAAUUGAGGGACAUUCUUGUGAACGAGGGGUUCCCUGAGGAAUGCUUCACGCCCGAUGUGCUCAGUUUUAGCGGUCCUGACACAAAACUGGAUGUGGUAAUCACACUGCUCUCGCUGGGCCUGUACCCAAAUGUCUGCUACCACCAGGAAAAGCGUAAGGUUCUGACCACAGAAAGCAAGUCUGGACUUGUUCACAAAUCCUCUGUCAACUGCUCAAACCAGGAGAUCUUCUUCCCAUCACCAUUCUUCAUCUUCGGGGAAAAGAUCCGCACACAUGCUGUGUCAUGCAAACAGAUGACCAUGGUCACUCCCCUACAGCUCCUACUGUUCGGGUCACGCUCUGUCACGUGGGAAGAGGGACAAGUUAUACUCGACAAAUGGAUCACUCUUGCGAUGGAGUUCACUGUGGCUGCCAAGGUCGUCGGCCUCAGGCCAGCCCUGGAGGCACUCCUGGUGCGUGCUACCAAGGACCCCGAGAGCGUGACAACCCCUGGAGAACAGGAGGAAGGCCUUCUGAGCGUGAUGAAAGCGCUAUCCAAAUCCAAUGCUGGCGACUAUGAUGUAGCUCGGGCAGAAAGCAGGGAAAAGAGACCAACCUUUGGAGACAGACCCAGUAAAUUCCCACGCUUCUCGCACCGCAGAGGAUUUGACCGCGGAGGAUUCCGAGGUGACCGUGGCCGAUUUAGUGGCGGAUAUGGGGGCGGUAGAGGUGGCUACGCGGGCGGAAAAGGUAGCUACGGGGGCGGAAGAGGUGGCUACGGGGGCGGAAGAGGUAGCUACGGGGGCGGAAGAGGUGGCUAUGGGGGCGGAAGAGGUGGCUACGGGAGGGAAAGAGAGGGUAGUGGAUAUGGUGGAUUCCGAGGUGGUCAGAGGGGUGGAUUUGGAGGCCCUGGAUUUCGAGGAAGAGGAGGAGGAUAUUCUGGUGGCUGGUAGAGAAGAAG